CGCGCCACUGUUGUCAUGAUGGCGAGGGCGCAGUGCAAGGACCUCAUUUAUCCCACCGUCGGAUCUUACAGUUGUACUGUUGGAUGGCUGCGAUUGGUUUGAGAGCGUGAUUUAGCGUCCUCAAAAACGUGAACAGAGGGGUCUGGUCAGAAGCUGGGUGGUUGCUUAACUUUGAUCCGGUUACAAGCGAUUGAAAACCAUGGUUCUGCGGGUUGGAGACAAAACCGUUUGCGAAAUCCUGACAGAUUUGUAUUUUAACCCUUUUGGUUCUAAUUCUGCGGUAUAAGCGGCCCUGCCACAUUUAGGGACAGCGGCUCAGGAACAAAGGACGCAGUGCGUUCCACUGCAAAUUGCAAUGUUUUCUGCACUGCGGUUCCUUCACUGCAGUUCAACCAACGUUUCAUUGUCAAUGCAAGCGGUGUUCUGCAGGAAGGUGGUCAAUCUAGAUCUGCAGAAUUUGCAUUAGGCGCAGCGGCACAAACUUUGUGACAAAGCUGGACGAUUGGAAAUUCAGCUUGUUGCUGAAGAUCAUGGUCUAGGACAUCUGAGAAAGUAGAUCUGGGCGCUUGGAUAUCAGGAAGAUGGCGGAUGUCAGGGCAAGUCUGGAGGGCCUGCUAGGGCAGAUUCCUGGUAGCGCUUUUGUGCUCGCAUCAGUCAUUGUCGUCCUCCUGUCUGUGCUGGUGGUGGUGUCAUUGGCUACGAAGAGGAAUGGAAAAGCUCCCCCCACCCUUAGUACAAUUCCAAUAAUUGGUGGUGUGUUGAAGUUCAUGGAUGGCCCGCUCAAACUCAUAAAGGAAGGGUAUGAGAAGCAUGGGGAUGUAUUCACCGUCAAUGUGUUCCACAAGAGGAUCACAUUCCUUAUUGGACCAGAGGUGUCCAAUCACUUUUUCAAGGCCGCUGAGGCGGAGUUGAGUCAGCAGGAGGUGUACCAGUACUCGGUGCCUACUUUCGGGAAAGGCGUCGUCUUUGAUGUUGACUACAGCGUCAGGCAGGAGCAGUUCCGCAUGUUUGCGGAGAGCCUCCGCAGCAGCAGGCUGCGGGACUAUGUCAAAAUGAUGGUGAUGGAGGCAGAGACGUUCUUUGGCAAGUGGGGAGAUGAGGGCGAGGUGGAUCUCAAGGAGGAGCUGUCCAAGCUGAUCAUCAUGACGGCCAGUAGGACGCUGCUCGGGAGGGAGGUGCGCGAGCAAAUGUUUGAGCAGGUGUCGGACCUGUUCCAUGUGUUGGAUUUGGGCAUGCUCCCCAUCAGCGUCAUCAUGCCCCGCCUCCCGAUCCCCGCCCACCUGCGCCGCGACCAGGCCCGCAAGCAGCUGCGCGACGUGUUCCGCUCCAUCAUCAAUAACCGGCGCGCCACCGGCGUGCGCGAGAAUGACGCCCUGCAGGCCUUCAUAGACGCUCGCUACAAGAACCCGGAUCGUCCCACGACCGACGACGAGAUCACGGGCCUAUUGAUUGCCGCCCUGUUUGCUGGCCAGCACACGAGCUCGAUCACCUCCACAUGGACCGGCUUUUAUCUCCAUGCGGGCGAGAAGAAGUUUUUGCCGAACGUGGUGCGCGAGCAGCAGCGCGUGCUGGCCAAGCACGGGGAGAAGCUCGACUACGACAUCCUGCAGGAGAUGGACUACCUGCACCGCGCCAUCAAGGAGGUGCUACGCCUGCAGCCCCCCCUGAUCAUGCUGCUACGCUACGUGCACAAGGACUUCUCCGUCACCAACCGCAAGGGCGAGAGCCACGUGGUGCCCAAGGGCCAUAUCGUCGCUACCUCCCCCAGCUUCGCGCACCGCCUGCCGCACGUCUACAAGCGCGUCGACGAGUUUGACCCGGACCGCUUCGGGCCAGGCCGCGAGGAGGACAAGGCAUAUGGCGCCUUCUCCUACAUCGGCUUUGGCGGAGGCAGGCACGGGUGCAUGGGGGAGACGUUUGCCUACAUGCAAAUCAAGACAAUCUGGAGCAUCCUCCUGAGGAACUUCGAGUUGGAGAACGUGAGCCCUUUCCCGGAACCGGACCUCGAAUCGAUGGUCGUGGGACCCAAAGGGGAGUGCCGUGUGCGCUAUAAGCGGCGAAAGCUGACGCCCGCUUGAUUUGGCGUUUGUGAGGCGAGCAGGUUAGCUGCACGGUUAUUCGCUUUAAGCACGAGGCCCAGAACCAGGCUUUGUUGCCUGGAUAGUACACAUUCUUUGUUGAGAUUGACAAAUAGAGUAGAAACAGUUUGCGUUUGCUUCAAGCCUUUUGAGGUUGAAGCUCGGCUUGUUCAGCUCAUUGACUCGGAUGCUCUACUUCAGCAUUCGAGCAGCAGUCUUGCCACCCUUGUGAUCGUUGUGGAGAUGAUGGCAUUGUUGGCACAACGCGAGCUGUCCAGAUCCCAAUUAAAUGAGGCGCUCUGAAGUCACGGCUGUGAUCGACUAGUUGUUUACACGAGGAUCUGUCUAUCUUUCCCAGACAGGUUAGAGGGUUGCCUGAUCAUUGCCACUGCAUGUAGAGGAAGUAUACUGCACCUUGAGAGUGAGUACAUUCGACUAAUGCAUCUCCGCAUUAGUAGCAAUUGGCUCCCUUUAAACCGGGGUAACAGGUGCAGUCGGGCCCGCUCUUGUCAG